AUGUCAGGGUUCAAACCCCAUGCGACUGUCUUCAUAUGCCAGGCCCGGGUCUUCACAGCGGAGCCGUAUACACAUUGCUCUCGCACCCGACGGCCAGUGUGGCCCCUGAACAUCGCUUGCAUGGGACCCUGCCUCCUGCAAUGUCGACUCCGAAGCACACUGGAGAAAGAGAUAAAGCAGUCUCCGUUCCCGCCCACCAGAACCGCAAUACUGGGUAUCGCUUCCACAUACUACUUUACUUGCAUCUUCUGCUGUGGAGCCGCGGACUCUCAUACAAGUGCCCUUCACGUAACAGGCUCGGGCUUUGUGCCGCGGAGUCGCGAGUCCCUAUACGGAAAAUAUUACAAUGCGAGAUAUACUAACUUGGUAUGGGAUAGAGAUGGUCGCAUGAAACCACUGUACCUGCAAUGUCGUUCUGAAAAUCCGACCGAUAAGGAGACAUGUGCUCAAGCUCAAAACAACUGCCAGGUGGAGUUAGUCUCUGCAAGCAUUACGAUCAUGCACUACCGUUAUGAUAGCCAACACCUCUGUCUGCUCGAGUACAAUGCGAGGGUCAAUAACAAUCGUCCGUUCAGCACAUCAACCAAUGCACGUGUCCAUAGACCGAGUGGGAAGCACACAGAAUGUUGA